GCUACAUUGUGUUUUUAUUUUUAGUGCUGCAGGAAGAUCACUGUCACAGAGAGAGAAACGAGGAAAUCGACAAGAAAGCCCGAAAAAAAUUGCUAAUCGCCAGUGCUCUCUGUGUCGUUUUCAUGAUAGCAGAAAUUGUCGGUGGCGUGUUAUCGAACAGCUUGGCGAUUGCAACCGAUGCGGCGCAUUUGUUAACCGAUUUCGCGUCGUUCAUGAUUUCGCUCUUCUCCAUCUGGGUUGCGGGUAGACCGGCAACGAGAAAGAUGCCGUUUGGUUGGUAUCGCGCGGAGGUUAUCGGAGCGUUAACAUCUGUUUUAUUAAUUUGGGUGGUCACCGGCAUCCUAUUCUAUCUCGCGAUCGAAAGAAUCGUUCACAAGGAUUUUGUGCUGGAUGCCACGGUGAUGCUUAUCACGUCUGCAGUUGGUGUUGCGGUAAAUCUAGUAAUGGGUUUGUCCUUGCACCAACAUGGUCACAGCCACGGCGGACAUGUUCACGACCACGGUGAAAACAAUGACGUGGAAAAUUCGCUCGAUGAUGAUGCCAAAGGGGAGCAUCACAAUAAGAGAAAUAUCAACGUGCGCGCUGCUUUCAUUCACGUUGUGGGUGACCUGAUACAAAGUCUAGGAGUCUUUAUCGCCGCGUUGGUCAUUUACUUUAAGCCGAGUUGGAACUUAGUGGAUCCAAUAUGCACGUUCCUCUUCUCUAUACUAGUUAUUUUGACUACGGUGGCGAUUAUUAAAGACGUGGUUAACGUUCUGAUGGAAGGUAUACCCAAGGGUUUCGAAUACUCUCAAGUAGAAAAUACGUUUAUGCAAAUAGAUGGAGUUGUGAAGGUGCACAACUUGAGAAUCUGGGCGCUUUCGCUCGACAAAACUGCUUUGUCGGCGCAUCUAGCUAUAAAACCCGGGACGAGCCCGCAGAACAUACUACGCACCGCUACAAGAAAUAUACACGAUAAGUACAAAUUUUUCGAGAUGACGUUGCAGAUAGAAGAAUUCAACGAACGUAUGGAAAAUUGCAAGCAGUGUAAAGCGUUGUCGCAAUAAAUUAGUUUCUCCCGUACUUGCAUGUGAUUUAAUUUGCGAUACGAGAUAAGCGAGAUGAGGAUCUAAAAGAUGAUAAUUUUAGAAGUCUCGUGAUCGUUACCAAUAUGAUGAAACUAUGAAAUCGUUACAUACAUCAAAUCGAUGUAUCAUAUAUAUUAUGUUAGUGUUGUAAACUAAUUAAUUAUUUUUUUCCUUUAACUUCACGCGAAAAAAAUAUGUACGGGAGUCAAUAAUCGUGUUAAACGAUACGUUUGAUUGCGAAUAGAGUGUAUGCGCGUGUUUGCGAAUGUGUGUGUGUGUAUCUUUGUUAUCCGAUUUUAUUCUUAAUAUAUAUAUAUUGUAGUGUAAUUAUAAUAAACUUUUACAUAGAAAUCAAAUGUAAAUUAUAAAUAUAUGUACCACAUUGCUUGCAUACUUACAAGACAAAUGGUAAUUGAUAUAUAUUUU